GGAGAGAUCCCCUUGCAGAAAUUCCAGUUGACUAAUAUUCUGCUGCUAGACCUCUCUAAUAACAGUCUCUUUCGACACAUACCACGGUGCGUAGUGAAUGCUGCCAACUGCAAAGAAAGUUGAAGUUUUAGAAGCCAUUCCUCUUUUCCUUGGAGCAUGGAGAGGAAGGUUCAAGAUGCAUCUUCAGAAUUUCCAGGACUUCACUUCUCUUGUAAGGUGAAAUUCCAGGCUUCCUUCUCAACUACUCGUCUUCAGGACAACUGUUUCUAUUCCCUCUUCGUGUGUAAUAAAUUAUGGUUUUUUCUGUUUUAUGGCAUCAUCACUUUGUUAUGUAUGUUUAAUUUCACGAUCUUGUUUUUAAGGAAUGAAGAACAAGCAGCAUGCUCUUGAAAUAAGAUGAAAACCUUGAAUUCUUCAGGCUUUUUAUUUCAGAAACUCUGAUGCUCUUAUUCUUCUCAAGUUUCAAUAUACAUUUUCACUUUAU